AUGUUCACGGCCUGGCUUCCUACUUGCUCAUGGUGCAUCUGGUCAGAGGUCGGUGAGCAGGCUCCCUCUCUCCAGGUGCACAACAACGGCACAAGGACUCCAGAAGAUGCCAUCACAGUAUACGAUGAGCAACCCCUACCGGUUGCUCCUAUGAAGCUGGUUCUUUACGACGAUAUCCCUAGUAGUCCCCGUCGUGUUGAUUCACGAGCUUCAUUGCUGCCAAAUCUAGUUAAUGAAAGCAGAAGUCUGGCUUCUAGGGCAUCUAAUAGAGCGAGCCUCUUAGUCAAACACAAGAAAAAACCAAAGCACACCUCUGUCCGCAAAUUAAAGAUCAGUGGUCCGACAGAUUUUCGUCAUCUCACUGCUAGGAGCACCACUCCUGUUCCUAGGCGCCGCCGACGAUCCUUUCGACCGCUAGAAUUGAGUAUCUACGUUGAAGGGAAUCAAUUACCAGAUCUACCAGCCUUCGACAACUUCGGUCUUGAUAACUUCAACCUAGAGAGCUUUGACCAGGGUAGCUCUCAACCUGCAGACACAACUAUAGAGUCAACCCCAGAUCCAAUCAUAGCUCCACUGCCAAAGGCCGUCUGUGCACCAAACCAGAGAGAUGCCCGCCAACGUUCAGAGUCUACUUCGUCUCCAUUCGCGAUUGCUCGUAAACCAAUAGGCGCUUCUUCGGCUAGAAACUCUCUAUUUAUCGAAAUUCAUGACCGCCGCAAUACGAUACCAGACCCAGAAAAGUUACAGGAAAUCCAGAACGCCAUAUCCCCUCCGCGACAGAGCAGCGAGACGUUGAAAGGCUAUCCAUCACUCGACGACCUUAGUAACCUGAAUCAGACAGAAUCAGAAGUACGCCCGCCGUCUGUGAAUCCAGCUAAAGUCAACAACAACUCAAGUACCCCAAUUCCAACACAUUAUCCGACCCGUUCCCGUACUAUUGCAGAAUGGUUUGCAGCAAGAUCAAACCAAAAUCGCCCACAGUCAAACUUCCGUUAUGACGCACCCCAUGCGAGGUCACGUACGCUGAGUGGUUCGACAAUGGUCUCCACCACAGGAUACUCGUCACGAAAUCCUUCGCUCUCCAGCUCGGUUAUGAUGGGGCCUAUCACUCAAUCACCUCUCAGCUUCCACGCGGUAACAGAGAAGGACUAUGAGAUCUGUGAUCUAGCAAUGGGCUACAAAACUUCAUCCCAGGAAGCCUGUUCUACCCCUAAUGAAAAACGUCAAUCCAAAGCACUCACUGAGAAAGGCCCAUUCUAUGAAAUACCUCUUGGCCCGAAUGAUAUCGGAGUGGCCUACUAA